AUGAUGAUCGUGUCCCAAUACAAACCUCAACAGUGGUUCUCUCGUUGGCUCAUCAAGAUGGAUCACUUUGUGCGCAACUUUUGGGAUCUGCCUGACGUAGCUGCCUCUCAGUAUGGGCCUGGCGCGGUUUGUUAUGCCUGGCCCUUUGGAGAUGUUCUGGGGGCGUUUUCCUCGAAGGACAUCAUGGACCACUUAUUCGGAAUGCCCUUGCCGGCCCCGAAGAGACAGUGUGUGCGACCUGCGAGUGGUCUUUCAUGGAGUCAGCCAAAACCUUUGCAUGCAAGUUUCUUCACCCCUUUUGUUGAUAUGAAGUUGGAUUUGGACGCUGCCCCAUCGUUGACCUCGGCGGCGUCUCCGCCCCACGAAAAAGAGAGGAUUUCGCCUGCUCCAGCGGCUCCUUCAGUAAGCCAAGACCUCAACAUCUCACCUUCACUCGCUCCUUCAUUAAGCCCAGAACUCAACAUCUCCCCUUCACCUGCUCCUUCAGUAAGCCAAGAAUUCAAGAGCGCUCUCGGCCCCAUCACGGUCACCUUCCUGGCGCCGCAGGUAACAUCCUCGCCAAUUGGUCCCUCGCCCUCCGCUCGCAGAAGGAAGAACGCCCACUGUCAUCUUUGCUACAAGCGCUUCGAGAAUCGAUACAAGUUGAAGAUGCACCUUAAUACCCACACGGGGGAUCGGCCCUUCACGUGCGAUGUGUGCGGGAAAGGCUUCAUGCGACGGACCACCCUCACCGGACAUCGAAUCAUUCACGACGCCUCUCAGUUCUCGUGUCCCACCUGCAAUCGCACCUUCAAGCGCUCGUCCGAAAGGCUUAUUCAUAUCCUACUGAAGGUGUGUCUGCGGAAGCAAAGGAUCCUUCGCCGGACAGUCCGUGGCUGGUUUUGUGAUGUCUGCGACAAGAGCGUCCCCCUGCCGGAGGAACACCAGUGUCCUGUCAAAGGUCGACGCCGUCAGUGUCCUGUCUGCGGGAUGGACUUCGGCGGGCAGCGCGACCACAAGAUGUUGACUCAUAUCCGCCAGAAACACCCAGAGUUCCUGGCCUCGUUGUGA